AAUAAUUGUGGUUAUCUUCAUCGUGUUGCGCUGCGUUUGCUGCACUGAAAAACACAAAUAAUUACGACGGGCGCAAUUGCGACGCAAAAAUGCGGAGAAAAUGCGCGUGAACGCGGAGGGACUAUGUGAAAUAUGUGGUACGCUGCCCUAGUGCGAUUCAUACGCCGUAGAAUAGUCUUAGGCAUUAUCUUCACAGUCUCCUUGCUCUACUGCAUCUUCAGUUUUGUGGGAAAAGGUGCGUUUCUUGAUACGGAUGACUCGAUUCCUGUGAGGAGAUCUCAGCCCUUUGUGUGGCGAACACUGCAACAGCACAAUGCAAGUGACAUUGAUUUGCUAUGCAGGAACUCAGUGCAGGGCAAGGUGCUAAUUGUUGAUGAUAGAGGAUAUGUAUGUCCAAGGCAUGACAUCCUCCCAAAUGGUUGCUGCAAUGAUGACCUGUCCACAUCAGUGCAGUAUUCUUGUGAAACCUGCAAGAAUAACAACUGCUGUGCAAUUUAUGAGUAUUGCAUUUCAUGCUGUUUACAUCCCAACAAGAAAAACAUGCUGGAAAACGUGCUCGGCAAGGCGACGGAGCAAAACAACGUGCUGUUUGCGUCCGUAACUGACCACUUCGAGCUGUGCUUGGCGAAGUGCAGGACGAACUCGCAGAGCGUGCAGCACGAGAACUCCUACAAAGACCCGAAGGCGAAACACUGCUACGGUGAGACAGCCCCAGGCGUCACGCAGGACACCAACGAAGUAUAGUCGAGACUCGAGACCAAAGUUAGUCAAUAAACUCGCGAUAGAAGGUUCAUACCUAACUUCCACACUAUUUUUCAAACUUCAUUGCAUCGCAAUUAUCAAUUACCGUACAGAAUGCAGAAAUCGAUAAACAAACAUUACGCGCACGUGACUAGAAAUAAGCUAAAAAUACAUCGAGCUUCGUUCAACUUGUUCAGAUUGUUUCGGUGCCGAUAGAUAAAGUUUCGCUUGCAUACGAUAUUUUUGCCUACGCGCUUGGGAAUCCUUAUCAUCGCCUCUGAUAUGGUGAGCAUUUCAUAAGCACCACACAGCGAACCUUGACUGAAAAAUAAUUUUAACUGGUAUUAUUUACGAGAUAUAUUUUAUUGCACCAUGCGAUUUUACAAUUCGCUCUAUUUAUAUAUGGGAUGCAGACUCGGAUGAAUCGUGCAAUCAUUGAUUUUCAUUGCCUUUGAAUGUUCUAAGUGUUUUUGAAGUAAACUACGAUCAUGCGGAUGGUUGGUUUCUAGCUACUUCUAGAGGAAUAUUAUGUAUACAUUUGUAUCAGUAUAGUGAAUUCUAUGAUUUAUUUCAUUUGUUUGGCAUGUAUUCAUUAAUAUAUGAAGUUUUAAAAAUUGAUAUCUGUACUAACUUCAAUGAAGUGUAAAAACUUUGUGAUUUCUAAGUUGAUUAAGAAUCAAUAAUAAAAUUAUGAUGCGUAAGAAA